GAGCUGCCAUCGGGCGCCUCUUGGGAGAGGCUCUUGCUGUCACCUUCCCUGAGGGCAUCGUGACUGGAGGGAUCACCAAUCCCAUCAUGCCCGGAGGGUAUGCCCUGGCAGGGGCUGCGGCCUUCUCAGGGGCUGUGACCCACACCAUCUCCACGGCCCUGCUGGCCUUCGAGCUGACCGGCCAGAUAGUGCAUGCGCUGCCCGUGCUGAUGGCAGUGCUGGCAGCCAACGCCAUUGCACAGAGCUGCCAGCCCUCCCUCUAUGAAGGCACCAUCCUCAUUAAGAAGCUGCCAUACCUGCCACGGAUCCUCGGCCGCGACAUUGGCUCCCACUGCGUGAGGGUGGAGCACUUCAUGAACCGCAGAAUCACCAUGCUGGCCAAGGAUAUGCCGCUAGAGGAGGUGGUCAAGGUCGUGACCUCCACAGACGUAGCUGAGUAUCCCCUGGUGGAGAGCACAGAGUCCCAGAUCCUGGUGGGCAUCGUGCGAAGGCCCCAGCUGGUGCAGGCCCUCCAGGUUGAGCCUUCUUCCUGGGCUCCGGGACAUCAGCAGGGUCUCCAGGACAUCUUGGCUGGGGGCUGCCCCACGGAACCAGUGACCCUGACGCUGUUCCCCGAGACCUCCCUGCACCAGGCACACAACCUCUUUGAGCUGUUGAACCUUCAGUCCCUCUUUGUGACAUCGCGGGGCAGAGCUGUGGGCUGCGUGUCCUGGGUAGAGAUGAAGAAAGCAAUUUCUAACCUGACAAAUCCACCAGCCCCACAGUGAGCCGACCCAGCAAGAUGAAGCAGGGCACCCCAGCUGCCCUGGUGCUGAGGUUGGGCUGAGACCCCGCCUCUCUUCCCCCAUCACCACCCAUCCCUCCCUCCAGCCCAACUCCAUUCCUUGGCAUAAGAGGCAGCUGUAACCCAGCCCAGAAGAGGAUGGCUCAUUCUGGGAGAAACGAUGGCUCCUGAUUGAAAGCCAAGUCCCACCUUGGACAGAGCUCAGAGCGUGAGAUGCCAGAAGACCAGUAUCUGGCAGGUGCUCAGUGACUGACCAUCACAUUAAUGAAUGACAAGGUUGGGGUAUGCUGUCACCAAGGGCAGGCACAGAUGCUCUCUGGGGUUGUCUGAUUCCCAGUGAGAGGCUCCUGAGAAAAAUAAAGCUGGUUCCCAGA